UUUUUAUUACUUAUUAACGACUUUGCACAAUAUCGUUCUCACAAACAACAUUUCCUACUCAAAGUUUUUUAAAAAAGUACAUUGUACAAUCAAGUAAACUCUGCAACUCUCAAGCCCAUCCGCCAGUCAAAGCAAUGCAGACCAAGAUCGAGUUGGGACUUUAUUUGAUUUAAAAAAUUCUUCGCGAGAGCUUACAUUUUCUUAGUUCAUCUGCUGCAACGGGAGAUACUGAAAAAGGACUUUUAUAUGGUGCACUGAAGCCAAGAUUUGAUGCUGUUAAACUUUUGGAAAGUGGAGCUGAUACAACUAUCUGAGCCAUUACUUUUGAACCAGAUUUUUUUUGUCUUGGGAGCAGUUGCAAUAUAUCUUCCUCGAUUUCAAACAAUUGAAGUGACAUUACCAAUUUCUUGACCUGUGAGUCCCAAGGGAAUACACACAUGACAGGAUUGCAGUUGAGGUUCCUUUCUGUCAAAAAGAUUAGAGGGCAACAGCUGAAGAGCUUUAAGGUGCUGCUGUAGGCUUUUUAGGGAUUGAAAAGAAGCGGUUUAGCUAAUAGACAAAUAGAUCUCCUAAACUUGGAGCAUUCAGGAUGGGCAUACCCCUACAGUGGACAAAAAUUACAUGGUAGACCAGAUUUAAUAGAAUGAGAAAGUGAAUAGAGUCUGUAGACUAAAAUCAUAUGAAAGUAAGUUAUUGCUAUUUUGUUAUAUUUCAUGGAGGCAAGAUAAAAAAAAAGUAUUGAAAUAAUGCUUUUAAACAGACAUAGACAUUUCAAAAAGCAUUCAAGUGAAUUUAUAUGUAAUAGGUAGGAAAUAUCUGGGUGUGCAUGCAAAUCAGAGUUUUCUGCAUGGAUGUUACAUGGAAGAAGGGAGGAGUGAUUCUCUCAUUUUAUACCUUAAGUAAUUUUGUUUCAGUAUCUGGUAAAUGGAAAGAUGAAGAAGAGGCUCCUCAGUGUCUCAAAAAGCAGGUCGUUUUGUACUAAAUUUUUUAAAAUAGGAACUUCAUUAAACUUGAGGUGUUCGAAGUACUGGAAAUUGGCAUUCAUGUGUACUGAUGGCAGAAUAUUUUUUUUUCUCUAAUUGGGUCAAGAGAAGGAACUCCAGAAGUUACAUUAUAACCCCAUAGAAAACACUCUACUUCUUUAUUGAAAACAGUUGGAGAAGACAUUGCUGAUAGCCCAGAUUUGGAUCUCAAUGAUGUUAGCUUCCCUUUUGGCACUGGCAGCAAGGAGUUAACAUGGUACUGAAAAUGUCGUAGAAGCUCCUAUUGCCAAAGAGAACCUUUGCAUAAACAGCGGACAAGGUGCAGAAUUCUUUGAUGAAAGCAGCAUGCAUGAUUUAACUAAUGGCUAUGAAAUGGAGCUCACUAGUCUACUAAAACACAGAAGGCGGGCAUUUGAAACAAAGCGACCUUUGAUAUUUGAGGCAUCAUCACUGAAGUAUGGGUUUAACAGAAGAAGUCCAGAUUUAGGCUUCUUAGCUAAUUUUAAUAUGAUGGAUUUUUCUGCUGCAGACAGAAAGAAGAUAUUAAAAUCACCAAUGGUUGAAGAGAAUGGUGGGACUGUCCUGUUAAUGACGUCUAGUUCAAAAUCAAUUCUAGCUGAAGACAGAAGCCCAAAUGCAGAGGUUAAGGAAACUCAAGGCAGGUUAUGGAAAGCUGUGGAACACAAAGAGCUUUCAGAAUAUACUGAAGCUAGGGAGAUGAUAGAGUUUGAUGUUGACACAGUUCAUGAUAUGGAGGAGGUGCUGUCUGAUUCUUUUGAGAAUGGUGGAGCUGGAUUUGUUUAUGCUAAUAGAGGCUCACCUUCACAGUCCCAUAUGUCUUACUGGAGCAGUGGCUCAAAUAUUUUAACUCCACAAGAGGAUGGUUUAUCUCAACAGGUAGAGCCCUCCCCAAAAAUUGAUGGGAUUGAAGUUGUUGGUGCAAAACAAAAAAAGGGAGGAACUUCUAUUGAAGAAAAACUGGUUGGUGUGAAGGAAUAUACAGUAUACCAAAUAAGAGUAUGGAGUGGGAUACAUCAGUGGGAAAUUGAAAGAAGAUAUCGUGAUUUUAUUCAUCUUUAUCAUCAGCUAAAAGGGAUGUUUGUUUCUCAAAAUGAUAGGCAACUGCCUUCCCCAUGGGAAAAUGUUGAAAUAGAGUCUCGCAAAAUAUUUGGAAUGGCUCCGAAUCUGGUGGAAGAAAGAAGUACACUCAUUCAAGAAUGCUUAUGGUCCCUGAUUAAAGGGGGGUCUCCAUUUGAUACAGCGGCACCUCUGAUUCAUUUUCUACUACCAGAAAAAGCUUCCAAUGAUCCUGCCUUGGAAGCUAAGGAAUCUGUAAAUAUGCAACACAUUUUUGGGGAGAAAGUAUCUAAUUUUCAGUUUCGAAUGUUUGACUUCUUAUCACCUAUGUCAUACUCUGGAAAGAUUGUAGGCGAAGACAAACAGAGAGACACAGAACCAAACUCAUCAUUUGGGAAGACUAUAAGGCUUGUUGUACAAAUUCACCCUUGCAAGCCUUUGAAACAAUUACUUGAAGCUCAACACUACUUAUGUGCAGGGUGUUACAAGAACUUAGAUUUACCAAAUGGCUUGAUCCAAGGAUUUGUGCAGAAUCUUGUCUUGGGGAAGCCUCGACUUUGUGAAUAUACUGGUCAAUUAUUUUGCACUUCCUGCCAUUCAAAUGAAACUGCAGUACUGCCAGCUCGUGUUUUGCAACUCUGGGAUUUUACCCCAUGUCCGGUUUCUCAGUUAGCCAAAACAUAUCUUGACUCUAUUUAUGAUCAGCCAAUGCUGUGUGUUAGAGCUAUUAAUCCUCACAUAUUUUCAAAGGUGCCUAUUUUAGAGCAAACUCUGGAGAUGCGCAUGAAAUUGAGCAAAAUGUUUGCUCUUAUACGUUGCCCUGCACAGGAAUCUAUACAACAAAGUCUAGGAUCACGCAGCUAUCUUCUUGAGAGUAGUGACUUUUUCAGUCUACACGAUCUUGUGGACCUUUCAAAAAGUCCAUUUUCUGGGGUUGGACAUGCUGUUGAAUUUCUAAAAGCUUUGGGAGAUAAUGUGAGAGCUUCCAUAUACCCUUCAACAUCGAUUCCUUCUUGCAACUCGAAAUUGAAUAGCCUUGAUGAAGAGCCAGCUCUCCCAAUUCUAAUGGAGGAUGUGUUGAAAAAAAUGCAUAUACAUAUCACACAGCUUUGUUCCAUAUGUUAUUCAGAGGGAAAGCCAUGUGGUGCUGGCUUAAGGUGUCUGAUUCCUUCUAGCCAUGUAUUUCCUUUUCAGGAGGAAGAUGUGAUACGUUGUCAUUCAUGUGGGCUGUUGUAUCACCAAUUCUGUUUUGAAAACCUCAGUAGCUGUUCAUGCAGAUGUACUGAUCAUUUGGGCAAAGAACUUGCAUUCAGAGGAUAAUUUAACAUCAUGUCUGAUGCCAUUUCAGAAAGAAGAUUCAUUAAAUAAUACUAUCCACCCAAAUCUAUAGUGUCCGAGUCCAGAGAAAUUACAAAGGUUUUAAUAUGAAGGUACAAUCUUGUACUAAACAUAAGGAGUUUGAAAAGUUGAAUCUAUGGAUACAUAAACCUUCCAGCCUGCUGUGAUAGUUACUGUUACAUUAUGAAACUAUCCAACACUAUGUGUUGGAACUUGGAAGGUGAUUGAGGGCCACUGAAAUUGUAUAGCAUUGUCUAGGAAUUUGAAGAGAGGAAUAUGAAUGGAUGCUUAAAACUUCCAGCCAGCUGUAAUAUGUACACUAUGAAAUUAUCCAACUCCAUGUGUUGGAAGGGUUUUAAGGGCCACUGAAAUUGCAUGACAUCAUCCAGGAGUUUGAAAGAUUGAUUGGCCAUAGAUUUUCAAAAACAGAAGUAACACUCUGUGCUAAAACUCCACUGUUUGAAGAUCAUUCAGAAUGAAAUUUGAAAAUUUCAAUUACAAUAAGUAAUGGUGGCUGCAAUUUGGUGAAACGCACCAGUGGGAAGAUCAUUUGUAAUGUGCUUUGAUAGUUUCAAUUAUAAGUAAUGUUGGCUUGUACUUACUUGCUGGUAUUAAUGAAAGCAAUGCUUUCUCGUUAUAGAUCAACACAGUGCUCAAUGUUGUUUUCAGAAUAUCCAACCCUUACCACUAACGGAAACAAAGAGUUACAUUAAUCAAACAACGAAACGGAAAUUGGUUCUUGUCAUAAGACCAAUUCAAAGUUCAAUUUAUCUUUCAAUUAUUAAAUUAUUUCCCAUAAAUAAGGCCCUGUCUGUGGAAGUAGAGGAUGGAAUACAAUUGUUCUAUUUAUAUUAAAAAAUAAA